UAAUACAUGUUGACCAGCCUGAGAGAAAAUCCAAAAUGGCAGCCUCCUGUCGCAAUUUCGUACGGCGUUCUAUUCAAGUAAAUAAUUCACAAAAUAUCACCAAAUCAUUGGUUUUACAAAUUUCAAGUUGCACCAAUGGUUCCAAGAGAUGCAUCUGUUCAACUCGUCGGCUCUCUGGCUGUAAAGCGAACUUUCAACAUGCGGUAAAUCGCAAUCGAAUUGUUAAUAGCAAGUUGUCGCCGAUCCGUCCGUCAUUUCCGUGUGCUGUCACAACAACACGACCGUAUUCGAAUGAUGGUGGGGACGACGCGAAGAGAGUGAAGCCAGUCUUCGUUGCCAUUCCGAAUCCGUUCAAAGUCAUCAGGAACAAAAUUUAUUUCUGGAUGAUUAGGUCCUAUUUUGAUGCAGAGUUUAGAGCUGAAGACUUCAUUUCGGGAGCUAAACAGGCUUUAUGCACAAUUUCAGACUGCAUUGCAGAAGGCAACUUUGACCAAUUAGAAGGUCUGCUGUCUAAAAAGCUUUUAGAUGAAGUAAAGGAGACUUGUCAGGGAUUAGCACUCAAAGAUCGCACCAAUAUUCAGGUCAACACUGAUGAUGUCUUGCACGUCUUUCCUCAAAAUGUCGCUGUCCACUAUGAUGAGAGUGGUGGAAAGUUUCUGAACAUUCUGAUGCGAUUUUGGUGUCACAGCAUGGCGAAUGAGGAGAGUGAUAAGGGAGUAGUGGGACUACGAAUCGGGAAACCACCCCCUGGGAUGUCUGAGGAAGAAUUCCAGAAUAUGGGAAGUGUUAUCAGCUGCACAUAUGAAUUUCACCGGGACUUUUCUGCAGGGGUGGAUCCAAGUUGGGUGGUGACGUAUAUCCAGCAUGGCAAAUGGCUGAACACAGAGGCAAGGUGGCUGCCCAAGGAAUGGUCCUGAUAAUUGAGUAGCAAUCACUUUACAACCUGAAUUGUGCUGCUCCUGGACAGUGUCAUGCAACUUGUUUUUUUAUCCAUGGUGGCCACAGUACAAAUGAAGAAGAAUGACCCUUCCCCCCCCCCCCACCCCCGAAAAAAAGCAUAACAGAUCUGCAUGCAGUACCACCAAGAUCCUUAAACAAGGUCAAUUCACAAUUUCUGUUAUAAAUGUACCUUUUGCAAAUUUACAGUGUGCCAUUAAGUACGCAGUGAAGGGCCCAUGACUACCCCUAGUAUCUUUUGCUGUUGCACCUAUUGUCUUUUGCUUGCAUGCUAUGAAAUUGCUGUAAAAAGUUUUUUGUCAGAAGUGAUGUCAGUAAUAUGUUGAAAAAAUAUUGCAUUAUUUGUUCCACAAAUUAUUGUUCAAAAAAAUCAUUCAAAUAUUCAAGUUCAAUACAUGUACAUGUACACGAAUUGGGUUUUGCCCUUCACUGACAUAUUUUUUAUAAACAGUGUUGUCCCGAAUGUUUGAGAAAAAAUUCUAAAAAAUGUUAUUCUGUGUGUUUUCUCAUGAUCACUCGGACAACACUGAGUGCACAGUGUUUAUGAAAUAAGUCAGUGAAGGGCGAAACCUAGUACAAUGUACUUGUAUUGAAUUUACUUCACCGACGCAAAUUCCAUCUUAUGAAUAAUAUGCAAGUUGUCAUUCCACUCAUAUCAGAAAUGAACCAAAGAGUAAGUCAAAUGAUGAAGAAUCUGUGUUAUCACUUUAUUUGAUGGAAUAUGAACAUUGUUGAUGGUUAUCUUUUAAAAUUUUAUUAAAGUUUUAAAUUUUAUAAAAGUAACCCGAGCGACUUUCCACUUUUGGCUCUAAACUUUAAUUCAACAUGAAAGACAUGCAGUCUAAGAUUAUCAAAUAGAAUUUACUUUGUAGCUGAUUUUUACAUCAACAGAAAAUCCAGUUAUGUAUGUUUUCUGUUUUAUGAUAAAUUCUGUUUUACACCAACUUUAGAGUCAGAUUUGUUAUCAAAAGUUCUUUUCCAAUGAAAUUGCUCAGCUAUCGACAUUAUCGUCAGUGACAACACAAAAUUACAGCCACAAAGGAUUAUGAUAGCACUUCCUGAAAUGCUUCCUCAAUAUUCGCCAAUAAAAUAUGGCUGUUGUUGGAUAAACAGA